UUCUCUUUCGCAGACCAUUUCUUAUUUUUCAACAACAAUUUACUUCUCAAUUCCAAGCUCUCUCUCUCUCUAGCAUCUACGAAGCUUAGUAGCUUUCUUGAUUUGUUCUGAUUCUAAGAACAAAUCGAUCUCUCUUUUGUUGCUGAUUUUUGAUUGAAACGAAAGUAGUAUUUGCUUGCCUUCAUCUUCACUUCAUUACACCUUUUCUGUUAUUCCAUCAAUUGUUCCGAUUCUUGAAUCAAAAACCCAUCUUUUCAAUCACUCUGUUCUUGUCCCGCUUUUAGGUUUCUUUUCUGGGGUUUUUUUUUUUGGUUUCAUUUUUCUUCAGAUAUGGGGUUUUCAAAGAAAUCACAAGUUGAUUCCGGAUUAGAAUCCGAAGGCAAAAAAUGGGUCAUCGCCGGAAUCACAAUUAGGACUUCCUUGAAGCCAAUCAACACGAAAUCAAUUAGCAAAGAGACCGAAGACGACGACAACGAUGAGGCGUGUUUGACAACUCCAACAGCGAAAGAAGCAAGAAUACCAGAGAAAUUACCAUGCCCACCGGCCCCGAGAAAGCAAAGACCUGUUGCAAGAUGCAAUUUUGGUGCUAGAGACUUCUUCACUCCACCUGACUUGGAGACAGUUUUCAAGUACCAUGUUGAGAAAACAAAUUGAGUUUAAGGGUUUUUUCACUUCUUUGUGUUCUAGAUAGUAGCAGAGACUAGAGAGAAGUAGGGUUUUAGGGUUUUUUAAUUAGUAGAAUAGAAGAGUUGAUUGUGUACAGAAAGUGCUAUAUCUAUGAAAUGAUGUUAGCUA